CCCUGGAAGCCAACCCUCUUUGAAUAACGACCCCGAGAGAGAGAGAGAGAGAGAGAGAGAGAGAGAGCAAUGGCGGAUGGGGGAGGAGAGGUAAGGGUGCAGAACGUGUGGGUGAUGCGGCACGGGGACCGGAUCGACGACCAGGAGCCGCUGUGGGUGGCACACGCCAAGCGGCCAUGGGACCCGCCGCUCGCCGAGGGGGGCCUGAUCCGGGCGUGGACCGCCGGGAAGCGGCUGCGCGGCGCCGGCGUCCCCAUCCACCGCGUCGUCGUGUCCCCCUUCCUCCGGUGCCUGCAGACCGCCGCCGAGGUCAUCCGCGCCCUCUGUUGCGUCGUCGACGACGAUAGUCGCCUCCUCGCCAUGGAGACCAGCCAGGACGCCGUCCUCGAUCCCUCUCGUGUUAAGGUUUCGAUUGAGUAUGGAUUAUCUGAGAUGCUAAACUCAGAAGCAAUAGGUAGUACCGUGGCUCCAAAAGAUAAAAAAUGGUUUCCUCAUAUCUCUGAUCUUGGAGCUUUGUUGCCAUCUGGAACGUUGGAUCAGUCUGCAGAGAGUGUUUAUAAAGAGUUGCCUCAUUGGGAGGAAUCUGUGCUUGAAGCAAGAAAAAGAUAUGUGAGUGUUAUUCGUGCUCUUGCUGACAAAUAUCCCAAUGAAAACUUGCUGCUAGUCUCACAUGGUGAGGCUAUUGGUGCUUCUAUCACUUCAGCUCUGGAGGAUUCUAUGGUUUUUGAUGUAGAAUACUGUGCAAGCUGUCACUUGCAAAGAAAAAUAUUAUCAAACCCUUCACAGUCCUUCAAUACUGAAGAUUUUAAGGUCGUCACAGAGAGCGGCCAAACAGCUGGAAGAUUUCCGCCCUCCAAAGCCGUCACUAGGGCUUCCAAGUUCGAAGCCAAUCAAGAACGGUGCUGUUUGGGGGGCGAUCGGGGGAAUGCUGGCGACCGAGGUUGUUCAGCGGAGAACAGAGGCCGGAGGGAUCUUUUCCUGAUCUCGCUGGCUUCGUCGAGCUCGCUGGUGGCGCUGUCUGCUGCCUCCGGGAAGGUGAAGGGUAGUAACCCCUACAAUGAGAGACGAUUGCUGGAACAGAACAGGAAGAUUCAAGAAGCUAACAGUGCGCCCGAAGAUUUCCCCAAUUUCAUUAGAGAAGGUUUUCAAGUCAAAGUAGUGAUAUCUGAUGGCUAUGUAAAGUGUGACUCUGGACUUAUAUAUCUGGACAUACUAGUCGGUAAAGGUGAUUGCCCAAAGGAUGGACAACAGGUGACAUUUCACUAUACUGGUUACAACGAAUCAGGCCGUCGUAUUGAUAGCACUUAUCUGCAGGACCGACCUGCCAAGAUUCGAUUAGGAAAUAAAUCAUUAGUUCCAGGAUUUGAAGAAGGAAUAAGAGAUAUGCGACCCGGGGGGAAAAGAAGACUCAUUAUUCCUCCAGAACUAGGGCCUCCAGUUGGGCCUUCUACGUUCUUCAGCGCAAAACAGUUCGAAGUUUUCGAUGUAGAACUACUCGAUGUGAAAGACUGCCAGCGAAGAACAAUUGGCUUUUACUCUGAUGUUGUCUGUAACUGAGUGAGUAACCUUCGAAGGUAUUAUAUAAUAAUUAUAAGUUUCUUCUA